AUGAAAUAUACAGUGCAAGAGUGGUAUACACCAGCCGAGGUUUCCCUCCAUAAUAAGGCUACAGACUGUUGGGUAUCGUUGAAUGGUAAAGUGAGGAAUUUGACGAAAUGGCUUGAGCAGCAGUUUAGGCUGUGUAGAUGCGUCAAGUCCUGUUCCUGUCCAGUGAAGAAUUGGUACUGCGGUGAUGAUUGCAUGGAGUACUGCGCAUGUUUCAAGCGAGGGUUCUUAUAUUGUGAUUCUAAACGGUUGGCCAUGACGAUCCUCGCACACGCCGGUAAGGAUGUGAGCCACUGGUUCAAAGGUGACGAAUGGGUGAAAUACACUCACCCUAUCGUUGGUUCCACCAUCCCAUACCAGCAAUACGGCCAUGGGCAUAGACAACCAGUGGUACCUUCCACAAAAUGGCGUCCAAUAUGUAGCUCUAAUCCUUGGUGGCUUGACGAAUGUAAUGUGGUGGGAAAAGUGACGGCGAAGACGAGACCAAUUAGGAUUACUAAUUCUCUUAUAGGAACUUCAGUGACUCUGGAAGUCUGCUCCGAAGAAACCCUCUUUCAAAUAAUGAUGCGAUACCUCCCUCACAAUUCGCAUAUGCUCUCCUAUUCUUGGAGAUAUCUGGACCGACCACUCAACUAUAAUUUGACCCUGGAACAGAACGGAGUACCUGAUGAUAGGGAAAUCUACAAUGAUGUUGCUUUGCCGGAGAACUUGCAUAUCCCUGAUCUUCUUAUCUACUACAACGAUGACUUGACUGAAGAUCCACCCAAAGAAUGCUAUUGUGAAAAUGAAGAUUGCAUAACUGGCCACCCUGAGGGUUGCCACAAUAAAAAUGAAGACGAAUACGACCUUUGA